AUAGACCCCUACAAACUAUCUCAAUCAUAGACAAAAUGAAGGCGUUUUUGAUCUUUGUGGCACUUUUCGCUAUUGCUUUGUGCAAAUCGGUUAACGUAACCGAAGUGAAGGAAACAAAACGUGAUCAUAAUAUAGAUGUGUGUCAGAAUCAAUAUGCGAAUAUAUUGGUUUUACGAACAGAAAUAACGGUACGUCCAGGUGAUGGUGUAGUUAGCAGAACUGUAAUCUGGCCGGAUGGGGGAGCAGUUAAUAAAAGAAGAAUUACUUGCAUCCUGGUACAAGACCGUGUUGAAAACGGACUAGGCGGAUAUGCGUCAUUAAAACGUGGGGGUUUGGGACAAUACGAAGUAGAAAUUUUGUUAGAGUCACAACCAUCACUUGGUUUUGACUUUCUGAUCACAAUUUACACUGAAUGAUCCACAUACAUAAUAACAAAUUUUGUAGUAUACAAUUAUAAUAUUAUAUACGUAAUAAAAACAUUUAAA